CGUGGUGCGACAGAAAACUGGAGCGCGUGCAGGAGUGGGACGCUGGUCUCCCCAGACCUCGCGAGAUUUACUCUUGUUCUGUGCGGAGCGCCGACCGCUACAGUCCUGCGGCGUCCUCCCGGUCUCAUCACCGGGCUGACGGACAGAGAGGGACGCGGAGCAGGCGACAAAGGACCGGCCGAUCAGCAGCAUGGAACCCACGUUGCAGCUGAAGAGCAGGAAGUCACUCCUUCCGUGGUAGACGGCCACCAUGGAGUUGAGAUAACCUCUCCCUCUGCUCACCAAUCGCAGCUCUGGAUCGGCCACAGCCAUGGGAAUAUGGCGCGGUCUGCGAGUGGCGUUCCUCCUGGGCUCUUUGUUUAUGAUCCUGCUCAUCAUCGUCUACUGGGACGACGUUGGGGGAUUCAACCUCUACCCGCUGCAAGGCUCCAAACGCCCGCCGCCUCGCUCUGGUUCCACCACGAGCCCGUCGCUCUCGCCCCCCGCCGACGCAGCCAGAGCCGGGUCCUCCUCUCACAAAGGCUCCGUCGCCGAAUUCACUGCAAAACCCAUCCCUGAGAAGUUACCGGAGGCGACAGAGGAGCACAUUGACGAGGAGGGAGAGGGCGAAUCUAAUCGGAGGAGGGAGGAAACGAGCGAGGCAGAGGAACAGGAGACGAGCGCCGCUGAUGAGCGGAAACAGGAGGCGAGGAAGCGGAGGAUUGUGGACGUGUGUUCAGGGAAUGACGGCGUGGAAUUCCCGGGAAGGACUCGUACGUUUGAGCAGGUGCCCAACAGGGAGCUGGAUCACCUGAUAGUGGACGAUAAGCACCAGAUUAUCUACUGCUACGUUCCCAAGGUUGCUUGCACCAACUGGAAGCGAGUGAUGGUGAUUCUGUCCCAGUCUCUGGUCUCACCCUCCUCAGGAAAACCCUACACUGACCCAGAGGCUGUGCCGCCCGACCUGGUGCACAACUCCUCCCUGCACCUCACCUUUGCCAAGUUUUGGCGCAACUAUGGAUCUCUGUCCCGCCACCUGAUGGCACUCAAGCUGCAGCACUACACCAAGUUCCUGUUUGUGCGGGACCCAUUCGUGCGACUCAUCUCUGCCUUCAGGAACAAAUUUGGAAGGCCUAAUGAGGACUUCUACAGGCAGUUUGGUUCAGUCAUGCUGCGUCGUUAUGGUAACGUGACGGAGCGUUUACCUGAGACGGCGGCUGAGGCGUUUGCAGCAGGAAUCAAACCAACGUUUCAGCAGUUCGUCACAUACCUGCUGGAUCCGGAGACAGAGAGGGGGAGUAUCUUCAACGAGCACUGGAGACAAGUGUACCGACUGUGCCAUCCAUGUCAGAUCAAAUAUGACUUCAUUGGACGACUAGAAACCCUGGAAACGGAUGCGGAGCACCUGCUCAAAGUGCUGCGGGUCGACCACCUGGUCCGUUUCCCUUCGGGGUCGCGGAACCGCACCGCAACCAGCUGGGAAAGAGACUGGUUCGCACAGAUCCCGCUGAGGAUGCGGAGAAAACUGUACAACCUGUACGAGGCAGACUUUAAGCUGUUCGGUUAUCCCAGACCUGACAGCGUGGAGCGUUAGUGAUCACACACAGCCAAAGGCCUGGGCACUGCACUGUGUGGAGAGCCCACACCUCACCUACCUGCACACAGCCAGCAUGCGCCUUCAGAGACCAUUUGCUUUGUGCAUACCUCAAAUGAAAGGAGUGCCUGCUUUUAUUUUAUUUUAUUUUUGUCAUCAUGUCAUAUCUGAAGCACAAGCUGCGUUAACCCAGUCUGUUUUCCCAUGUUUGAGGCACUUUGAAUAGUAUUUUAAGAAUAGUAAAUCAUGGGGAAAGACUGUGGCUAACUGAUGAAUAAAGAGGAACAAAGUGUUUUUCUAAA